GCUCAUGGUAAGUGAUUGUGUUUAGUGGCAGUUCACUAACCUUAGAGCGGCUGGCCCCUUUCUCUCCCCUCCCUCCCCCUUUUCUUCUAUCUCCACUUACGUCAUCAUCACCGCCAGGAGCCUUUAGCCUUCAGUCCUUUUUUCACUCGCAGAGUGUAAAUUCCGCUCUCUCUCUCUCUCUCUCUCCCUUCCAUUCCACUUCCGCGUUCAUUAGUUCCUUUGCCCUUCGCCCAAUUAUUCCGUUCAGUCCUUUUUUAUUGUUGCUGGUUUUCAUUCGAUGUUCCGUGUUCAUUCCUGCCCUAACCCCAUUUCUCUUUUAUUUUCUCCACCUUUAUAUACUCAGGCCGCUUUCAAAUUCUCAGAUUUGGUCAAUCUGAUCGCCAUCCCCGACCCCAUCUCUCCGAUCAAAGGAGCUUGUGGAUUUAAAAGGAGGUUCCCGGUACCGUUCUCGUCUUUGUCUGGAAAAGACAAAUCUUUUCGAAAGCCUCUUUUUUCCUCGCCUACAAAAGUUGAACCUGUGCCGAUUUUUGGACCUUUGCCGCUGACAAAGUCUCAGAAAACACGGAUCAGAAAACAAAAAAGGAACCAGGGCAAAUUCAACGUAAAGGAAGCCCAAAAAUCUCUUAACAAGACGUCCUCGCCGCAAUCCACGUAGUGGUUGACCAUCGCGUUACAGGAGCUCAGAAAGAAACACAAGACACAGGGAACUGAGGCGAGA